AGCUGCAGUUGUCCUCAGACCUCCAGUGCUUCAAUGCUCUUCACUUCUGUUUUACUGUCUGGAUUGCGCGUGUCCCUCAAAAGGUGCGUCGGUGAGAGUGCGUGUAUGUGUGUGUGUCAGAGGGUGUUUGUGUGCGUGUCUGAGCAGUAUCAGGACCAAAGCACUGCGGAUUUGUGUGCAGCAUAUUCUGUGGACUGAUGCCCUCUGCUUCUCCAAACAGGACACACAGAUUUACCUGCUUAACAGAGGUCAGAGGGCAACCGAACAACCAAAAAACGGAGCCAAAUGGAGUUCUAGAAACUUCUUCUUCCCAGCUGGCCAGAUCUUUGUGCUUCCAGAUCUCUUGAGACCUGGACAGGCCUCUGACAGAAGGAAUCUUAUGUUUGAUGUUAAGAACUGCAAGCACAGAUUGAUCUAGUGCACUGCUGAGAAGCAUACAGGAGUCUUUGCCACCCAGGCAGCAUCUUGAGGACUUCUGGGAAACUGACAAAACUGGACUUGAACUGCUGAGGAAGACAAAAGAACGGAGAAGAAAGUGAAGUGAGGAUGGAGACACAGAGCAGAGGACGUCUGAGAGGAGGCAACGGUGGUGGUGUGCCUUCAGAAAGAACUGCGUCCUGUCUUCUGCUCACACUCAUCAUUGGCGUGUGUUGCGUUCAUGCUCUGGAAAUGUCUACUGGUAAGAUUCCAUUUCUAGAAGCAGUGAACGGCAGCACAGUCCUUCUGCCCUGCACCUAUGCCAGCUGUAUUGGGAUCACUAACCUCUACUUCAAAUGGGAGUUCAAUGAUAAUGGCACCAUGCAGAAGGUGGCUGAUUCUGUAAUUCCAACGGAUCAUGUGGAGCCAAAUAAAGUGAACGUUUACCGUGAGAGGGUGGAUUAUGUCGGCUCCAGUAAAGAAAAUAACAUCUCCAUCCUGCUUUGGAAUGUAACAUUUGAGGAUGCAGGCGUCUACACCUGCUUUGGCAAAAACCCCAAAGAGAAGGGAAAGAAUCACAGCGCCUUUUUCACUCUAUAUGUAGUAGAGGAAUUAAGGGAGGUUGAUAACACACUCACCAUCAUCAUUGCCUCCUGUGUUGGUGGAUUCAUCGCUUCGUUAAUGGCCUUCAUGCUGCUAAAGAACUUCACUCUGUUUGUUCUCGCAAAGAUUGAGGAAAAAAAUAAGGAGUGCCUUGUCACCUCCUCAGGGAUUGAUAACACAGAGAACGGUCUGUCGGGCUCCAAAUCUACACCAAAGAAAGCAUGACAGCGUGCAACCAAACACAGUCCCACAUGCACGUGAAAACAUGGAUCAGCCAUCAUGCGGUGCCCUCUCUUUUUAUUUACAUCCGUGUUUACAAAUGCUAUACUUAUGUUUUUAUGAUAUAGAGCAAUCAUAGUAUUAAACAUGAUUUUCAUUCAUAACAUUUGAAUGAUAUUCACGACUCAUUUUAAACAUUUAGUUGAUGCAUAAACAUGGAUAUGAAUAAAAAGAGGGGCAUAAUGUAUUUCUGCAUAUAUUUCAAUUUAUAUAUGCAUUUAAAUAUGCACCACACAUGCAGCCUCAUGCACUUUAGUUUCUUGGCCCACACCGAAUCUGUGGGCUGUAUUUAUUCUUACGAUAGAAAAAUGAAAUAUUUUCUUCAACAAUGCUUGACACAGGGAUAAAUGUACCUAUGCUAUUCAUUUAGUUCA